GUGGUCAUGUGGAUUGCCCAGUUCUCAGAUCCUAGUGAGCUGCCUGUUUCCAGGCUCUGCCUCUCCUACACACAGUGGUCCUUCCAUCCAGGGUUAUCCAUACAGGGCAUUGUUAGAUCUUCAAAUGGGGAAGUGAAUCUUUCUGCACAGAAAUUAAUCCAGUCAUCACGCCCACUGACUGUUGUAGACAUCAGCAGGGGGACUGUGAAGCAGACAGGCCCACCAGAUAUCCAUGCACGUCGCAAUGUUGCUGCACUGCACCAGGAACUUCUCUCACUCUGGCAUGAGCUGCCAGAUAUCUCGGCUCCAUCUGAGAGUCUGUUAGAACCUGUCCGUGCAGCAGCUCCACUAGUCAAGCAGUUUUUACAUGACUAUGACCGUCUCAUCUCUUGUGAUGGACAGGUGCGACAAAAUUUCAUUCGAGCAUUUUUACGAUCUCUUCAGUAUACAGCCCUCGCCAUCAUAACAUGGACACAGCAUGAGUGGGCAGUACAGCGUCGCCGAUCUGGAUACGACACCUUGAAGCAAGCUCUGUGUUCAGUGUUUGACCUGGAUGAUUUAGACCUUCGAAUUGUUUUAGCACAAGCAGAACUUCUCCAGCCAGGCUUCUAUUCAUAUGCCAUGACAUGA